AUGGAAAACAUAACGACGGCAAUCAACUACCUCAGCAAGCACUCAUCCAGUCUACACCAAUAUCCAGUGGACAGGAUACUUCUCGACCAUGCCUCUCUCCGGCAGAUCCUCACCUACGUCGUCCUGCCAGUCCUGGCCGCGUAUCCCGUUCUCACCUCGUUACUCCGCUUCCGCCGCGUGAGGAAGCUCCAGCAACAGUACUCGCAGUACUCGACACGGGAGUCUUUUUCCCGGAUGACGGAUCGCGAUGCGUGGGAGAUCCAGAAGGUCAUUGCGCAGUUGGAGUUUCCGUUCAUGUACGUCAAGGCGCUGCAGUUUGCGCUCUUCAGGACAUACGGCAUCCCAACCAUAUCGCAUACCCUGACGAAAACCUCCCAAUUCUCCGACCCGCGCACCGCCUUCAAGCGGUAUUCCGACACGUCGCUGCUGGUCACCGAGUUCGUCACAUGGGAGCCCUCGUCGGAGCGGGCCCAGGCAGCAAUCGCGCGGACAAACUACAUCCAUAGCGGCUACCGGUCCUCGGGGGCGAUCCGCGAGGAGGACAUGCUGUACACGCUGAGCCUCUUCGCGACGGAGCCGAUCCGGUUCAUCGACACGUACGAGUGGCGGAAACUCACGGAGCUGGAGAAAUGCGCCCUGGGCACGUUCUGGAAGAGCGUCGGCGACGCCAUGGGCGUCAGCUACGAGCCUCUGCCGUCCUUCCAGAAUGGUGGUUUCAGGGACGGCCUGCAUUGGCUGGAUGAGAUUUCGGCCUGGAGUCAGGCGUACGAGGCCAGGGCCAUGGUGCCGGAUCAGAAGAACAGAGAGACGGCCGACCGGACGACGGCUAUCUUGACGUACAUGCUCCCUGAGCCACUCAAGCAUGUCGGGUUGAAAUUCGUCCCGUAUAUGAUGGACGAUCGGCUGCGUCGAGCGAUGCUAUACGACCCCCCACCGCCCCUCUACGCAACAAUCUUCUCCUCCCUGCUGCAACUCCGCAAAUUCCUCCUCCGGUACCUGGCCCUCCCCCGACCAUACUUCCUCCGCUCGACGGUCCUCACCGAGAAACCCGACCCGCAGACAGGAACCUUCUACGUGACGAAAUGGGACGCGGCGCCGUACUACGUCAAGCCCACGGUCUGGAACCGCUGGCUCAGUCCCACGGCGUGGCUGACGCGCCUCCUGGGGCUUCCUGUCCCGGGCGACGAGGGGGAUAAGUACUACCCGAGGGGGUAUGACAUUGCCGAUGUAGGGCCCAAGGCGUUUGCAGGGAGGGGGAAGGAAUAUAUGGACAGACAGAAGGAGAUGCUGAGGAAGGAGAGGACGGGGGGGUGUCCGUUUCAUCCUUAA